AUGAUUCCGAGGAGGGGUAGUUGGAUAUUACUUCUUCUCACUUUUGCACAAGUUCGAUCACUUUUGGACGCAUCCUGGUGGUGAGACUUUUUAAAAUUAGAAUUAUAGUUCAUGUAAAAUCAAUGUCUAAAGCUAGAAGCCUCUAAUUUCGUCAAUUCACUAGGAUGUAGCUAGAAGACUAGUGUAGAAAAGGUGCCGUUUGUUCAAGACAAUAUAUCUCACUUGUGUGUGAAGAUAGUAAAAAGUGGUCAACUGAAAAAAUGUACACAAUAUCUUAUUAAAAAAUUUAUCAGUUGACAACUUGUUGAUAUUCCUAGAGGCAGCUGAGAUAUGUCGUCUUGAAUGUAGACGCUUCUAUUGUUGUAUUAGAGCUUCACGAGUUGAACGCCGUUUUUCAAGACUAUGUAUCUCAGCGGUCCGUAGAGAUAUCAAAAAGUGUUCAACUGAAAAAAUGUUUAAAAAUUGUUAGUGGACAUUGUAUCAGUUGACAACUUUUUGAUAUCUCCACCGCCAGCCGAGAUAUAUUGUUUUGAACAAGCGAUGCUUUCCUAACACAGUUUUAACUGUAUUUGUGUGAAUUUCUGUACCUCCAGUGGCUAGUUGAGUACCAAAAUUACAUAAACUUUCAGGUCGACAGUAGCACAACUCUCGACAGCGCUCGCCGGUCACAAUGUCCGUCCGAUCUGCGAGCUCGAGGGUCUUUCUCCCGGUCAAGCACAAGUCUGCGAGCUUUUCAAAGAUCAUAUGCCUGCCGUGAGCUCCGGAGCUCAGAAUGCCAUUCAAGUGAGUCGCCUCAAUUCGCCUACUCUCUCAUCAGUUUCACGUUUUCCACAGGAAUGUCAACGUCAGUUCAGUGGUCACCGCUGGAAUUGCUCGACGCACUACGGAACCGGAAUGCUCGGCCCGAUUCACAAGAUGGCGACGCGCGAGGCCGCGUUCACCUACGCGAUUCUGUCGGCCGGCGUGACGCACGAGAUUGGAAGACGUUGCAAGCAGGGAAUGUUGACGUCGUGCGGAUGUUCGGACGAGAUGAAGCCGAAGAAUGUGCCGAGCGAUUGGAGUUGGGGAGGAUGUGGCGAUAAUGUCGAGUACGGCUACAAGUUCGCCCGCGAUUUCAUCGAUAUUCGCGAGAAAGAGCACGAUCCGAAAAGGAAUCAUGAUAACGGAAGGAGUCUGAUGAACAGACGCAACAACGAGGCAGGCCGCAAGAUUUUGAAGAGGUUCUGGUUUGGAUUUGAAAAAGGUCACAAGUUUCAUUUCGGAGUUUUAUAGACACCGAAAACCAAAGUGCAAGUGUCACGGAGUAUCGGGAGCGUGCAAUAUGAAGACGUGUUGGAUGCAGCUGCCGAGUAUGGAACAAGUCGGAAAGAUCCUCCGCAAUAAGUACGACAAGGCGAUUCGGGUUCAGGUACGGUACACGCACAACUAUUUAAAAAAAAAGAAAGUGUUAUGCCUUGAUUUUCAGAUAAACGACCGUGGAAACUUGCAACUUUUGGCCGAUGAGACUGGAAAAGAGCGGAAGACUCGAGCACUGCCCACUGAUUUGGUUUUCAUGGACGACUCACCGGACUAUUGUCGCUUCGAUCGACAUGCCGGAACUCUGGGCACCGAGGGAAGGGUCUGCAAGUGAGUUGCACUUUUAUGAAUCAAAUCUUCUAGUACCCUAGAGUAUUGUAACCAGAGUUGAGCGGAAUUCCGUCUUCCGUCUUCCGGGAAAAAAGGUUUUCUUCCGUCUUCCGUCUGCCGUCUUCUGUAAAAAAAUGUUUCUUCCGUCUGCCGUCUUCCGUCUUCCGUCUUCCGGGAAAAAAGGUUUUCUUCCGUCUUCCGUCUGCCGUCUUCCGUAAAAAAAUGUUUCUUCCGUCUGCCGUCUUCCGUCUUCCGUCUUCCGUCUUCCGUCUUCCGUGGAUUUUUUUUGUUCCGUCUUCCGUCUUCCGGGAAAAAAGUUUUCUUCCGUCUUCCGUCUGCCGUCUUCCGGGAUUUUUUCUUCUUACCGUAAAAGAGUAAUAGCUUUUCAGAAGCCAUUUACUAGCCCCGAAGAACGCGAAUGUCCAUGGGCCCAGUGACCCAGUGACCCAGAUCCAAAAUUUUUGUUGUUUAGUUAUUAUUUUUCAAAAAAAAAAAAAACACCGGAGAAAAAGGUUCUGCAUUGACGAUUUUUUGUUCCGUCUUCCGUCUGCCGUCUUCCGGGAGAAAAAUUUUCUUCCGUCUUCCGUCUUCCGUUUUCCGUGUUCCGUAAAAAACAUUUUGUUCCGUCUCCAAAAUACUCUUGGAAGUUAACUGUUAGUAAGUGUACAUUUCAAAGUCUUAGAUAUUGAAUAAAAGUGGCUCUGGUACAUACAUUAUUGAUAGUUUCACUUUUUUUUGCAGACGUGGCGCGAGUGGAGCCGACGGUUGCGACAGUCUGUGCUGCGGCCGUGGCUACAACACGUACACUCAGGAGGUCAAGUCCAAGUGCAACUGCAAAUUCGAAUGGUGCUGUAAAGUGGUGUGCCAGACUUGUAACAACGUCACACAAGUCGAUAUUUGUAAAUAA